UUUUUAUACAGCUGGAAAAUAAGGCCAAUACAAGCUCAACGUGCCAACAUACAUCUGAAAAAAGACACAGCUCUUGCCUUGGCCUCAUAGAGGCUCCUGCUGAUGAUGGACUCCUAAAACACUAAAACUAUUCUUUGACAUCACUGGACCAACCAAAAGUAGACAGCCAUGAACCCAGAGGAGACGGAGCUUGGCCAGGAAGUGAUGGAGGAGACUGACGCCCCUCCUCGCCAUCGCCACAACAACCACAGCAGCCGUACUCGUAACCACAGCAACCAGGAAAAGCGCUACAGACGCUGUGAGACCCCUGCUAGAGGAGGUGCUGGUGUCAGAGCCAGAGGGCCUCCACAGCCCAGGCCACAGGAGGAGCAAGACAUGCAGAUGCAGCAGCACGGAGCUCAGUCUCCACAGACCCCGCAGCCCGUGCAGGCCCCCCAGCCCCAGCCCAUCCCCCGAGCCGCAGUGACACGUUACCGCAGACAGGGAGACAGUGAGGCCCGCAUCAGAGCCCAGCAACAGAGGCACCAACAGAGGCAGCAGAGAGAGGCAGAGAGAGCACAACAGUUACCACAACAACAGGAGAAGCAGCACCAUGCAGACACGACCCAGGAGGAUGAACGAGAGAGGGACGAUUCAGUGCUGGCCCGCUCUGCGAGCACAGAGAGCGGAUUCCACACCCACACGGACCGGGCCGAGGGGGAUGACGGCCUGGUGAUGAUGUCUCUGGAACCUGAGGGGCAGCCAGAGGCGGAGGACGAGGCGGGGAACUAUGGAGUCCAGCUACGGCCCGAGGCAGAGGGGUACACUGAGAGCGCUGAGGCGGAACAGCAACAUCUCCAUCCACAUCCUAACUAUCCUCCUCAGCCCCCACCCCUACCACGUGAACCUCUGCCUGAUAUCCAGAACCCCCACAGACAGGACGAAACGGAGGAGAUGCUGAACACUGGCUAUUCCAACUAUGUCUACACCCAGCCGCUUGGUAACUCCAGAGGAAGGGGCGACAUCCCAACCGAUCAGAGCUCAGACAGUUUAGAUGUCGGACUUGCAGAUGAAGCAUAUUCUGAGCCGUAUGACAUUUACUCUCUCUCGGAGCAUGUUUAUGAGGAGAUCUGUGAUGCUCCCACGUCAGUUUCUACUGCUACAGAGGGGGCUGAGGACACAGAGUCUCUCCAGCAGAGGAGGGCCGGCUUUCGUCUGUUAGAGGGUCAAGUGGGAGGUGGAGACUACCAUCAGCAGGAGGCGGUGGGCUCCCGUCUGCGCCACUACGACGAACGCUCAGAUGGUGAGUCGGACAGCCCGGAGAAGGAGGCAGAGUUCGCACCGUACCCACGUGCCGACAGCUGUGACCAGGAGGAGGACAUCAACAACAUCGCGACCAACGUGAAAGAAAGUCUCCAGUGUGCUGCAGGGGACACCAUCGAUGAAGAAAACGAACUACAACCUGAGUCCCAAACUGACUCUGACAAAAACCACAAAGCUGCCAAUCGAGGGAAGUCAGCCAGAAAACAGGCUGUCAGCCCGUCAGAGGAGCCGGUGGCAGUGAGGAACAGUCAGGAGAAGCGCGACGCCAUAUCUCUGGCCAUCAAGGACAUUAAGGAGGCCAUCGAGGAGGUGAAGACCCGAACAGUGAGAUCUCCUUACACACCUGAUGAGCCUAAGGAGCCCAUCUGGGUAAUGAGGCAGGACCUGAGCCCCACUGCCGAGUGUGACCUGCAACCAUCACUGGGGGGAGAUUCUCCCUGUUCAGGCUCACCCUCUCCUCCAGGAGCAGAAUCAUCCAGCAGACAUCUGCUGCAGGAUGACAGCUUUGAGUCCUCGCCCUCCAGUAAAGAGUCCAGGAGAAGCCUUGCGUCGUUUCCCACAUAUGUAGAAGUCCCAGGCCCAUGUGACCCAGAGGACCUGAUCGAUGGGAUCAUCUUCGCAGCCAACUACCUGGGCUCCACCCAGCUGCUAUCAGAUAAGACGCCUUCCAAGAACAUCCGCAUGAUGCAGGCACAGGAGGCCGUCAGCCGCAUCAAGACGGCCCAGAAAUUAGCCCAGAACAAGAAGAAGGCCCCUGAGGGUGAGCCUCAGCCCAUGACAGAGGUGGAUCUCUUCAUCUCCACCCAGAGAAUUAAAGUGCUCAACGCUGACUCCCAGGAGACCAUGAUGGACCACCCUCUGCGGACAAUCUCCUACAUUGCAGACAUCGGUAACAUCGUGGUUCUGAUGGCAAGGCGCCGGAUGCCUCGACCCGACUCUCAAGAGAAUGUGGAGGCCUCAGACCCGGGUCAAGACAACAAGCGCCAGUACAAGAUGAUAUGCCACGUGUUUGAGUCUGAGGAUGCCCAGCUGAUUGCCCAAUCCAUCGGGCAGGCCUUCAGUGUGGCUUACCAGGAAUUUUUGCGGGCCAAUGGCAUUAACCCUGAGGACCUGAGCCAGAAGGAGUACAGUGACCUGCUCAACACCCAGGACAUGUACAAUGACGACCUCAUCCACUUUUCCAAGUCUGAGAACUGCAAAGAUGUGUUCAUAGAGAAAGCUAAGGGGGAGAUUCUGGGUGUGGUCAUUGUGGAGAGUGGGUGGGGCUCCAUCCUGCCUACUGUCAUCAUUGCCAACAUGAUGCAUGCUGGGCCAGCUGAGAGGUCUGGCAGGCUGAACAUAGGAGAUCAGAUCAUGUCCAUUAAUGGGACCAGUCUGGUGGGACUGCCACUGUCCACCUGCCAGAGUAUCAUCAAGGGUCUUAAGAACCAGUCACGCAUCAAGCUGAACAUAGUCAGAUGUCCCCCAGUGACCACCGUACUCAUCAGACGUCCAGACCUACGCUACCAGCUGGGCUUCAGCGUUCAGAAUGGCAUUAUCUGUAGCCUUAUGCGUGGUGGUAUUGCUGAAAGGGGCGGGGUCAGAGUGGGUCACCGCAUCAUAGAGAUCAACAGCCAGAGCGUGGUUGCUACACCCCAUGAAAAAAUUGUCCACAUCCUGUCCAACGCUGUGGGAGAGAUCCACAUGAAGACGAUGCCUGCAGCCAUGUACCGCCUGCUGACCGCCCAGGAGCAGCCUGUUUACAUUUAACAAGACGAGACCCUGAC